AUGGUAACCCAAGUUAAGAGUGUGGCAGCCGCAAUUGUAGUUAAUGUAAUAUUAUUAGAUACUAGAAAUCUAAAACCAUAUGAAACAUCUCAUAUUCGUAAUUCUGUUAAUGUUCAUGAUAUAUUUACAUAUUUAUUAAAAUCAUCUGAACCAAAAGAUAUUGAAAAUAUGAGAAAUCAUUUUCAUCAGCGACUUGAUGAAGUAGGGCUAACCGGUAGUUUGGAUGAACAGGAUGUUGGUUAUGAGCAGGAUAUGAAUAAAAAUUAUGGGUCAAGCUGUCGUGGAUUUUUUCUACCAAAAUGGAUGCAUCAUCCAAAUGUUUCUGUACUAGAAGGGGGGUCAGAUUCUUUUUUACAAACAGAUGUUCGAAAAAUUAUGUUACUAAUGGCUGAUACUUUGUAA